AUUACAACCAAAGCAUUAGUUGGAGAUUCAAUUAAUGAUUCAUAAAGAGAUGAUUUUCCCUGACUUGUCUGGAAUAAUGUCUUUAUUAUUUUUUCUAUCUUGCAAUAGCCUGUCAUUAAGUCUUUACCUCUGUGACUAAACUGAAAUAACAUUCACAUUAAUUAAAUUGUAGGCUCAUGUUACACAAGAGUACUGCCUCACUCAGAAUUCCCUUUUGCUUUCCUCCAGAUGCUUUGAGGCCUGGGGGGAUGCUGCGAUGGAAGUUUCCUGCUGUCUGAACGGAGCACUGUCAGCAUUCGCCAACCACAGCUAUGGCCAUGAGGGGACAAAUACGACACAGGUGCAAAUGUCCACAACUUUACUCACCCACACAUGGCAUCUGACGCACCCCAGCCUCAAAUAACUGGUUUGCAAAGACAUCACGCAACCUAAAACAGACAGACAGACAUCCCAGAUGAAACACUUUUCCAGUAGUUAGAAACUCUAGAAACUCUGUUCGCUUUGGAUCAGUCAAGUCAGAAGAGGGAAAUGUGUCUUUUGUGGAAAAAGGAAAAGUCAACCAGAUUUGACAUGUAGGUUUGUGGUUUGGUGUGUUUGGGUUGAGGUGGUUUGGGUUAGAAGUUCAACAGAAAAAAAAGAGACGUUCAAGAGCAGCAUGUGACACAGAGGAUACAGCCCAGUCCAGUCUGCAGCCCUGACUCACAAGCGACAUCCCGCAGUGAGGAGUAAGAAGCCGAGCAGUCGGGUGACUCACCCUGACCCCUGCUGAACACUUACUCCAGAGUGUGAGUUCACUUUCUCUUAGCAAGAUAACCUAUGACUCGCUUUCUUCUCUGAGCAACAACACGUCUCGAUCUGUGAUAGUUUUACUAGUGGUGCUGGUGGGAGGGGAAAAAAAAAUACCCAUGACAAGUUUGACUGAGAACGGGCUGACGUUAGAGCCUCAGCCCCACAUGAGAGUAAACGCAGACAGUGAGUGGGAGAGACAGUGUGGGAGGGAGGGAGAGAGGUAAGAGAGAAAAGCUGGCUUGCUGGGAGGAUGGAGGAGGGAAAUUGCUGCUCUCUCGGGUGAACGAUGCAUGAGCGUGGGUUUUGGAGGGGUCCUGAGAAAGUUAAAACAAACAUGAAUAGAGAAGCACAGAUAUAUACGAGAAAGACAUGAAGGUCAGGGGCAGUGUGAGUGACAUUCCAGUGAAUGAUGUGGCCUCCGAGUAAAUGGAGUAUAAGUUACAUAGGCCUGAUCCAGACCCUCAUAUUUAUUGUCCUGUAGCAUGUUAGACCACUGGGUAGUAAGUGUUUUGAACAAGCCCACUUUGACUCCACCCGUUCAGCUAUCAUGUCAGACAUUGUGGGUGUUUUGUAAAAGCUGAAAUAGCAACAGUCUCUUCCCCUCUCCGCUCCACUCUAUCCAAAUAAUUUACUAAUGAGAGCAUGACUUCAGGGGGUCUUUGGGGGGGUUGCACUUAUUUAAACCAUAUGUUUGUCUUGCAUGCAGGAGUAAAAACUUAAAGUGAAAUGAUUUAAAAAAAAACCUCAUCCUCUUUACUAGGUCCACCCUUCCUUUCACUUCUUAUUUCCGUCUUUUAGACAUUCGGUUCCUUCAUAAGUCGUCAUUUUUAUGGCUAACAGUCUCCUGAGUCAUGAACGCUCCGCAGGUAUUGCUCACAUUAUACAACAGCAUUACAAAGUGUCUCCUCCAUGUUGAUCAGAGCACCCAUCACUCAACAUCCUGAAAUGACACAUAACGUGUUCACUCAAGUUAUUUUCACUACAGGGGAGUGAGGAGGAGGUGGAAACUUAUAUUAAUGGAAAAACAACGUGAUGCAUACCUGCAUUAAAAACUCUGCUGCAGCGCUGGCUCUACCUUUCCACAUUAAAACCCCCUCUCUGUUUUCUCCUGUGUUUCUUGGACUUGUACCCAGGGUGGUUAUAGGGGGAGGGUCGGGGGGUAUAGAGAGCAAUUGUGUUUAUAUUUUGUUUGGCGUCUGUUUACGGUGCUUGUAGGGCUGUAUAAAACAUAAAGUAACCUAUUAUUACCUUUAGCGUCAGCAGUAAAAUCAGCUGCGGUGAACAGUCUUAAACUCAACAGUUUCACAAAAUGUCCUUUUCUUUGAGUUUCAUUUCUGAUUUUAGAGUCAAACACACAGUCAAGGAAAAUAGGAAACUUUUAAAAGAAAAAGUGACUGAUGCUUUUUUUAAAUUUAACAAACUACAAACAUUUUGUUAACAUGAAUCAACAGUUUGUUAUGAACUUAUGUUGAAACACACAUCAAAAGUCUUCACUGACUGUGAAGCCAAAAAGAUUUAGAGCUCCCCCUGCUGCCUCGCUGCAGCAUAGGUCAUAAACCCCACCCAUUUUAACUAAGGUACGUGUCUGCGUAUGAAACCGUUUUGGUAUGGGACUCAGAGAAUCACACUCAGAAUAUGCUUUUUCAGCCGACACAACUCACGACAAGCAAGUUAUAAAAUAUUGCCCUGACAUCAGGGUCUCUGAGGGUUUCCCCGUAAAAUUUAACAAUAGACAAAGACAAGAAGAUCCGACAAAAUAGUUUGCUGACACUGUUCGACAGCAAAUACAGCUUCCUCUGGUGUUUCAACAACUUUUGUUGGUAAUUCUGAGUGAGCUAAAGCAAUAACAAACUCUGUCUGUGUUUCAGUACAGCAGCAGAUCUACAAGUUAUUGAGUAAACAGGAUUUAAACACAUUUUAUCAGUGAGUUUGUUGUGUGUCUUGGUUUGCAUAAGUGUUACAUCAGGCCUGCAGCUCGACCUGCCAGGCAGCCUCUGUGCAUGCCUGCAUCAGCCCUGAUGGAGGUCAUCUCCUGGCUUUAAUUCUCACUGUGGGCAGAAGUUUAAGUUUAGAUACAGUCAAUUAAUGCAAAAAUAAAAAUUUAGUUAUAUUUUGUUUGUAGUUUACAUUAUACAGAAAGGUUUAGUAAUUAAAAAAGAACAGUAAAAUCAAGUCUUGAAUGUUUUAAACUCGUCCUUUUUGUGAGAAUGAUUUCAAUCACUAACUCUCCAUUUAUCCAGACUGUCAGCACCAGUAUUUGGAUCAUUUUUGACAAAUUUAAACGGUCAGUUUAGACUUAAGAAGUAAUGCAAUCAGGGCGGUCAUAUGAGCCACCAAAACCUCAACUUAAUACCUGAGUGAGAGCCCACACACACACAGCCUGAGAGGACUGCAUUCCUACCCAUGGAAAUGUGGAGCAGACUAUGGGAGGUUUUUCUAAUGGUUUAUACCCAGGAGCGUCCACCCAGCCCCCCGUCCCUCCGUCCACUCACUGGCACCACAGCCUUGUUAAAACAAAUUUAGAAAAUGACCGACUAAACAGAUAAUUUGAAUAAAUAAAAGCAAACUGCUUUGGGAAGUAAAAGCAGCCAAGAUUCCUUAUAAAUUAGAUUAGGUUGAAGAACGGUUUUACAGUAUGAUCUCAGUGUUUGGCAUGUUUCGACCCUUAUUUGGACAUAUCCUAAGACAGUGAUAUAAUCUAACUCUUUGUGUUUUCUGCCCAGUUUUUGUUGUCCUUUUUUUCUCCAAGUCUGUGUCAUUUGGUCAGGAUUUCCCCACUCAACCUGAUUCACACACACACACACACACACACACACACACCCCUCCUCUUCCCAUUCACAUCUAAAUUUGCCAUCAUCCCGUCAUUUAUAUGUUUUCCGUGUAUCUUUCUUUUUUCUCAUUUUCAAUAGCACAAGUGUUUGAUGUGUGCUGGGCAUAAGAACAAGGGAUCAGCUACACGCCCCAAACAGGAAAUGAGAAAUUCAAGCAAAUAGACCCGUGUCUGUGUGUCUUUAUGUUUGUGUGUGUGCCUGAGAGACACAGACGGACAGAGAGACAGACGGACAGAAACUUUCAGGGAGGAAUGCAGAUAGAAAGAGCCGGGCAGACGUUUGAGGAGGAUGUGAAAUAGACUCACUAAUCAAGAGGCUGUAAAUGUUGGAGGUGAAAAGGUUGUUACUGUUUGUGAGGAUCACAGAGUCUGAUAUUUAUAGACGCUGACCACCCCAGACGUCGCCCAGUGACAUCAGUCGUCCUACUAAAUCCACGAUUGAGAAAAAACUCAAACUAUAAAUAUGAUUCUGUCGUUAAAACCUCGGUUCUUUCCAGUGCUCAUCCUGGACUUUAGAGCAGACUCCGGUCUGUGAUGAUUUUUCCUGCUAAUUUUAGCUAACGCCGGCUCUGUGGAGGACUCUGCUUCACCUCCAUGGUUGAACUCAAGUGUCAGAAAAGCAGCCCCUGCAGCAGGAGAGCUCAUAAAACAAGAAAGGGGCUCCCGGAUGAUCUAUCAAAGCGUCAGUGUCAGCGCACCAGCAGAGCGGUGCUGUGUGACCCUGUGCGGUCCUUUCAUCUGGCAGUGCGGUUGUUGUUUUCACGCCAAUUAACGGUAGCAACGACAUGUUGUGGCAGCUAGUUUAUUUUACAUCGCAGGCUGUGCACCUACUGUUUAUGAGCAAUGAACGGUGGAGCGCUGCACACGUGGUCAAGCUUUCCCACAGAAAGGAGCCCGCAUCAUGAGUGACUCAGGAUGUCUGGGUGCAAACGCUCUGACCAUUAGAUGACUACAGGACUUGAAAGAGAAUAAGCCAGCCUUCACACAAGGUGGACAGAAGGAAACCACCUCUCGUCUGAAUUGUCUCAAGUGGCGUGGAUAGCUGCGAUCUGAUGUGGUGAGACAGUAAUAACAAACAAGCAGAGCAGCAGACAGACAGACAGACAGACAACCGUCAGAAGCAAACAGAUCUGUCAGACGAUCAACUGAACUUUCCCAACCACGGCAUAAUCGGGGACACGCACGUAAUAGGACACAGACGCUUUGAGACACUGAAGCUUUGCCAUUUGACCAGCUGUGAGGCACAAACACAGACUCUGAAACCCUGAGCUGUGUCUGAAAAUAUCCAUUCACACAUACGCAGGCCAUCCAGGAUGUUGUGGGGGAGAGUUUCCUCUUCCUGUUGCUCUUACUGUUGGACUUUCCUGUCAGUUUGUAUUAACUCCUGACAGAGCUUUGGGUGCCGUCCAGACUCAUCUCUGAGCCGCGUUUUUAUCUCUCGGGAGUGUGAUUCCUUACUGUAAAGUAUUAGUCCACAUCCUGUACUCUUGGGUGGCCAAGCAGGGGGGGGGCAGCCCCACUGCUGGCUGUUCCCUGGAGAAGAAGGCGGCCCCUCCUCGCUGCACCUAUGUGCAGCGCAGAGAGCAGCGGGUAUAACUCAAAGCAAACAUGGACCACACUUGGCGGUGAAGUCAGACGUGUUCAUCAGGUGGCGUGAGCCUCAGAUCACUCACAGAUACCUUCUCCUUUACUCUCACUGGAUUGCUCAGGAAUGUGGUCGACCUUCUGAUCUCCUGCUGUAUCAUCAUCCAUGUGGUCAAAAAAAAAAGAAAGUUUAUCAGAGAUGGUCCCGAUGACACGGAGGGAGGCCUGCUGUGAGCCUUUGUGAUUCAGCAGAGCUGGAGGGCCCGAGCGAACCACGCUGAAGAUCCGCUGCUUUAAAUUAGAGCCACUUCUGAAGUCUGGGUCCUGUUAUACCUGUCCGCCAUGAUUUCUCUUUUCCACAUGUGUUUAAAUGUUCUCUGAAGGUGUGUGUGCCAAGGCUGUUGUCAAGUCCACUCUAUUUGUUUGGACUUAAAAAUGGAAGUAAGCGAUCUGCCUGCAGAGAACAACAAACAGAGACACUUGGAGUAUGUGCUUGCAAAGGAUUCUGGGUACUGCAGUUCAAAUGGACCGUCGGUGUUAGUGUGAGAUUCUCGGUCAUGUAGAGAUGGUUUCCCAAGGUUAUUGAGCAGAAUUUAGUUUAUUAAGUUCUCAGUUCUGCUUCUCUGCAGCAGCAACAUCAUUCAUGACUGGAGCUGCUUGACAGUUUGUUUACACUUUAAAUUUUCUUUAUGAUUCAUUAAAAUCAUCGACUCGAGUCCCCCACAAACUUUUAACUUCCUUAAAAAUUUCAAAUCCUCAUAAAUUUAACAGAAAAGUCUUUUAAUCUGAAAAACAAACACGACUUUAAACCAUCAGAAUAAGGAUACAUAUGUGUACAUAUGUGCAUGCGUAGAUUUCAUACAGCACCCGUUUGAGCGCGCUCACGUGUUUGUGUACGUGUUUUAUGUGAUUGCGUGAGUGUGCAUCAAAAUGAGGAAGGAUUGCUCAAACCACACACAUAAUUUCACCCUGCUGCCCGCUCCCAUCACAGGAAAUGGGUGUAAAGGAAUGACUCAGCUCGCUCUGACCUCCGCCACCCCCCGACUCCCUAACACCCCCACCCACCCUCUCCUCCAGGCCUUCUUUAAUUAGAAAAGAAACUCGUUUGUUUUUCUCCGUCUCAACACCCCCUGCCCUAAAAAACGAGUGCAUCCUAACUUUGGUGGUGAUGACUCACUGCUUUCUCCUCCGCCCAUCUCUCUCUCUCUCUCUCACUCACUCUCUCUCUCUCUCUCUCUCACUCUCUCUCUCUCUGUAAUUCAAUUGGCCUCGAUUUCAUGCAGUAAUGUAAGAACCAGCUGUCACACAGAUGUAUGCCCUCACCUACCUGCUCAGGUGUGCUCCAUCUGUACGACACUCAGCAGGUUCAGAUCCACGCUCCUGCUUUGAUAGAGUCAUGCUGAAACGUUUAUGUAUUCACCAAGGCUCAGUUGCUCAAGGCUAACAUAUAAACACACACACACAGGCUCGUGCACUCGUGCACGUACACGUACACAAACACUCACACGCUGCUUCAAAGGAUAGCGUGUCAUAAACAGGGACUGGGGAGGAGGAAUGUGUUGUUCAUUGGGGAAUUCAGAGCCGGUGGGGAGAGGAAGGAGGGGUGGGGGCACACUGACCUAAUGUCCCUCUGAGUGGAGGCAAGAGAGGAGCCGAGCCGAGUCGUCCUCCCUGCUGUCAUAACCCUCGUACACCCAUCAGUCCAGCUGGGAGCCUCAGCGACACAGAAGGCCACAGACCAUGGCGGACUAAUCUGAAACAGACUCUGUACCAAGGUUUCCCUGAAACGCCGACACCUCCCUAACCGCCCAUUUAUUUAAGAAGAGGAGUCGGGUUACCUUAUGAUACAGGCUCUAUGUGUGUGUGUGUGUGUGUGUGUGGGUGUGGGUGUGUGGGUGUGUGUGUGUGUGUGUGUGGGAAGAUGAUACCUCUUCCCGUCCACCGUGUCAGUUGAACAGAGUGUGUGAUUUGUGACUUUGGUCACACCUCUCUUAAUUGGAGUCAGCGGCCUUUCCCCUGCUUUACCGUGUGUGUGUGUGUGUGUGUGUGUGUGCGUGCGUGCGUGUGUGUGUGUGUCCAUGCAGUCAUGUUGGGGUACUGGAUUGAGUAAUAGAGUGUGACUGAACUCCAGUUAACAUCCACUGGUGCGGGUCUCAGCCUCGGUCCAUCAUAAGAGUCCACGGCUCUUGAGGUCUGACCCUGUUCCGCGGACUACAGCGUGAUCGGAUAAACAGAUUGGCUGUUUGGUUUCUCAGGACUGUUUUCAUCAGCUGAUGGUGCCUGUUGGGCAGUUUGGGAUUCUUAUUUUGCUGUUUAAAGCUUUAUUUAAACAUUAUUACAUCUACAGGGUAUCUACACAGUUGGAAUUUCCAUAUUUUUCCGUACCCUACUUAGAAUUAUUUUUGGAAAUACCUACUUUUCUAUUUUAUGAAACAGUAUUUUACAACUGUUAAUAGUCUGGAAACAUAAAUAUCCUUCCAUACUUUCCAUACUUAGAUACAUAGCAUACCCUGUAGAUGUAUGCAGCUCUGUACCUGUGCAGAAGGCUGACGUGCACCUCCCUAAAAAUGUAACUGUGCGUUGAUUUAGUGUAGACAGCAGGCCCUGUGAUUGGUCCGCUGGCAAGUAUUUUAAUUUCCUACAUCUACAACAAUUCCAGUAACACCACUGACUCUGCAGACGUACGUUUAUUUUUCUCUCUUUUCCUCUUUACAACAAUUGCAGUAGGAUUAGGAAACUCUACCUCCAACUUUGAUUUGUUUAUUUUUUGACACUGAAUAUACCGAUAUGGGUAAAAUGACGUCAGUGAUCGUCGUAAAUGUCAGUAUUGGUAAAUUUUCGGGUUAUCGCCCAGCCGUACCUCCAACAUUAUCUACAAAGGCUGUAUGCGGUCCGUCUGACCGGGUUUAGAUCCUUCUUCUUUCUCCCAGUAUGCCUUCAGUGUUGCACCAGCUCUUGCAAUUCAUGGCACCAAGAGGCGCUCUGGUGCCGGACACUGUUGUGGUUCGAAGUUUUAACAUUCUUCAGAAACGGGUCACUAAAUAAACUCAGCUCUUGUAUUUUAAGGACUCCAUGUAUUGCAGAUGUUAUUGCAAUAACUGCUGGUGACUGAGCUGUGGGACCCUCAGAGCUCCACUCUGAGCAGUCUGCCCCUCUCCCACCAUCAUCAUCACCCACUGGGGUACGUUCCUCGGUCGGGGUUGUGAGAUUUAGCUGCUAUUUAUGGACCGCCUCUCCUCUGGGUGUGGGGUCUACAUGGUCAAUGUCGUCUUUCUGGACCCCAGAGUCACAUACUCUCCUCUGUUUAUUCCCCCAGGAGAUGUUCGCUGUUUCUAGGGCAGAUUAGUCCCUCUGUGUCCAGGGACAGAGAGAGAGAGAGAGAGAGAGAGAGAGGAAGGAAACAGAGGGGUGGUUCCACCAGAAGGAGCCGGUUCAGAGAUGUAAUUGGUACCUUUCCUUUUUUAGCAAACAUUUCUUACUUGUGGAGGUCCAGCAGAGCAUGAGUCAGGGUGCAGCGUGCUCUGUAACCACACUCAGACACUCAGACACAUGGUUGAUCAUACUUUCCCUUUGUAGUCCUCUCUUUGAAGAGGCUUUGAGUUUCCCUCUCUCUCUCUGAUCCUCCAUCUGGGAUGCUGCUGUGAUGUUAGCUACUGUUUAUGUGCAUUACCAAAGAGUGAAACAACCCUAUAAAGAAAAAGAAAAGUCCUCAUUAGUGAAGAGGUUGUGUUUUUUGACUUUCUCCUCAUCCUGUUGUGCUAAAACAGUUAAGCUAACGCCGAGCAGACGGAGGUGUGUGGUCUUCGACUCGGUCUCUUCCCUUUUAUUCUCCGUCCUACAGCUGUUUUCUUCCCCUAUCUCUUGCCUUGUUUAGCUCAGGUGACGACUCUUCAAAGAGCUGGCAGGGGUUAACGAAAAGAUGAGAGGGGAGAGAGAGAGAGAGAGAGAGAGAUAUGGUCGGCUGACUCAGACUCUGAUAAACAUCUUGGUCUAAACUGCAGGUGUGAAGUGAGAGGGACGAGGUAGAGACAAGACAGGUGAAGAAGAGGGAAAAAAUCCUGUCAGAUAACAGCCAGCUUUCUGCAUCUUCAGCACUUCUGCUUUCACGUAGGUGUGAAAACUGUCAAACUACCAGGAAGUAAAACGUGUUUAAGCGUGUUAGCAUAAAAUAAUAAACAAGUAUCGCUCUUGAAACAGAGAAGAUAGAGAUCUGUAAGUUUAAAGUCUUUGGCCUGAAAAAUCCACGUUUAAUCCCCACAGCCCCUCUUCAGCAGAUUAAAAUCAGUCCAUCAGUCAGAUCAACGUUUUUAAAGCUCCUGUGAAGGACUUUUAUCUUUUGUCAAAUUUGGCGCCCCCUGUGGACAAAGCAGUGUUGGAUUAUAUCAUCCCCUUGAUGCUUAAGUUUGGUAUCUGGACUUAAAUGUAGAGUGGAAAAAGUUAUAUUUUAAAGGACAAUAUCAGUUUCAGAAGCUAAAAGUUUUAUUUAAGAAUAUUCCAGUGAGCUAGUGUUACAUGUUUAUCGCUGAGAAUAAAUCAAAUAUUGUGCCGAAGCUGUUCUAGGGCUGCACAAUUUAUGGAUUUUCAAUCACAAAAAGAUUAUUUCAUUGUGAAGAUAUUAAAAAAAAUUUAAUGGUACGACUUCACAGUUUCAGAUGAAGAGUAAACCACUCCCUGCUGCAAAGUCUGUCUGAAGGCGGUAUCAACCCGUCACCAUGGAAACAAAUUCAGGAGGAAACGCUAAAGUUUUUUGUCGUAUCGGCGUUUCAGGUGACUGUAAACAGUACUUUUUGAAAACGGGUCAGAGAGUGAAUAAAUCUGUAAACGACGACCAUUUCAUCUCCGUGUGGAUGUCUAUCUGCAUCUCUGGAAACGAUCAUGUGACACACAGAGUAACUCUUUUAUGCGCGUGUCUUUUGUCUUUUUCUUCUGUCUUUUGUGCAUUUCCUGUGCAGCGUUACAGCGCCACUUACUGGCUCGGCAUAUGCACCACAUCGUUUUCUGUGGUUUGGUUUUGAGAGAUGAUAGAACGCCUUUUUAUUUUUUGUAUAAAAAAGUUUGGUGAAGUUGUCACUGAAUAAAAACAUCAAAAUCAAAAAUUGAGCUUUCAAAGAGAAAAAAAAAAUCGUGAUUUCAUUUUUGGCCAAAAUCGUGCAGCAGCUCUACAACCAGGAUGUAAACAAACACUUAUGACAGAUGGUUUGUUAGAGUUUAGACCAAAAAGCACAGAUAUAGUUGAGUCUAGACUGAUGUAUAUCCAUCAUUGUGUGACCAACACAGACAUGUAGAUGUCAACCUGCAAGUCUGGAGGUGCUGACUCUGCUGAUGUUGGUUAAAUUUGACAAACUUAUUGACUUUGUUUAAAUUUCAGCCCAACUUUUCCCUAAAUUUGUCUUGUACAAUCAAUAAAGGGCCUAAAAAUAAUGAUUCAAAACCGUCUCUACUGAGGAUCACAACAGUCUACAUUUUAGACCAGACCUCUUGGAUCAGGAGAUAAAGUCCAGCACCUAAAGCCUCGCGCCAAAAACCAAGUCUUUAAUAAUAAAGAUAGAUUUCUGCAGUUUUACCUCUAGAAAAGAAAAUUACUCUAAAACUUUUUUAACAACUACCUAAAAAAAAACGGAGAGAAAAAUCAAAAACAGUGAGUGAGGAAGCAUGUUUGUUGAUGUGUGUAUUCAUGUGUGUGUGUUUGUGUGUGUGUGUGUCUGCCCAGGUUCAGCACCUGCAGCAACAAUGGCUCUGAGCAGCUGUGUGAUUGUGAAGCAGAGCUGAGCAGCAGCAGGACACCCGAGUGUGUUAUUACGGUCACAGUCAGCUCCCUCUGAGUCCACAGGAUUACUCCAGGACGCUUUGCUGCUCCACUUUUAAUGACCGGUUGUGGCAAAAGAUCAGUGGACACACAGUAUAAUUGUAAAUGUUGUGGAUGUUGUAAUAAGGCAGAACCCAAAAUAGCGUUUUUAGACCAGCGGCCGGGUAAACCAGCUCACAUUUAGCUUCGCUGUGACCUCUUAGGAGAGGGAAACAGUUUCAUGCAGGAUCAGAAGAAGUUUUUGUUUCCCGUUGUAGAUAAAAGUCUAAACACGACACAUGGAUACAAUUAGAGGGCCAAUUAUGUCAAAAUGAAACGACUUAUCGGCUCUGACAAAGUGCAAUAAUUCGUGUUACUCAUGCUGUUGUAUAAAGUCGGCACGUGGACCGUGUUCGAGUUUAAAGGAACACCUGCUUGACCUUAAAAAGCUGCAGCCGUCCGUCUUCACUCGUCUCUGAGGUGCCCUGUUUUCCUGUCAGGAUGGAGGAUUUUCUGGGAUGUGUUUGAGUCUGUAGCAGGAGGUGUCAGCAGUUUGUUCCAGUCCCGUAAAAAGCCCGGGGGCUGGAGAGGAAGCAGCUGCUGAGAAAUGAACAUGGGUUAGAAAGACAAGCCCACUUGAGUUUGACUUCCCUCAGGGAAUGUUCCAUUAAUGCCCUGAUAGAUUUAUGGGCCUCUUGACAUUUGCACACUCUGUUUGGUCAUUACAGUGAAAGUAAAGCAGGUGUAAGUCGGUGCGAGCGUUUUUAUAAACAACUUGGAAUAAUCUCGUCUCCUCCAAGAAAACAUAUGUUUGGCUUGUUGAGUUUGGUAAUGACUGCGAUUUCUCAGAGUAAUAAACUCCUUAAAAUUCCAUUUAUAUUUGCUCUGGCAAGAUAAAACAGCACACAGGGUUCUCGGGCACCAUUAAAAACCAGGACCUGGCAGCAGAUCAGUCUGGAUCAUUUCAGGAGGUGAGACAAUUAUGUUGAUCAUGUUCCCUUCGACUCUGUUUAUGUGUCUUCAGAGAGUCUUCUUUAAACAGUCUCUCUCUCUCUCUCUCUCUCUCUGUGUUGGCUCGCAGGAGCAGAAAUUCUUGUGCUUUCCACAGGAACUCUGGGUAAUAUGACCAGCUUUGGAACAAGAUAGCACAGAUCACUGUCACCUUGUUAGCUACACAAGCGUCCCCCAUACCAAAGCUAACACAAAGCUUAUGUAAGGGGUUUGACGUUGAAGUGCUGGGGCUCUGCCUGCCUGUGUGUGUGUGUGUGUGUGUGUGUGUCAGUGGGUUCAGUGUUUUCAUGUGCAUGUGUACAGUAUGUGUGUGUGUUUAAUUUUCCAUGGAGUCACUGCCCUUAAGUCUAGGAUUUACCAACGGGUCUGGACCUGCUCUUCUCACUUCCAAUACAGCCUCAUGGGCUGCCAGUAAUCCCUUGAGUACUGAGAGGGAAGGCGGGUGGGGCUGGCAGGGCGGGGGUGGACGAGGUGCUGCAGAUAGAUCAAAAAUGUUGGUAUGAAGUGCAUCCCUCCAGGUACGGUGCCAAGAUCCUGGCUUUGUGUCUGGGAAUUCACGUCUUGGCUGAACCAGUGGAGAAGUCCAGCAGGGCUUGCUGCUCUUCUUCAGUCAUCCAGAGUAAACAGGAAUCCACCGCCUGCCCAGAAAUAGACCACACGCACCUGGCACACGCCGCGCUUUUCCACUGCGAGAUCGUUCUCUCUUCUCAAGUCGGACGGUCAUCGCGAGGUGCACAACCUAGUUUCCUUCAAUUUGCUGCAAGAGGCGUGACGUUUACUCUGCACACGCUGAGAGGGGUUGCAUCAGUAAAGUACCGCUCGAGACGCUUCACAGCAGAUUCAUAAUCUUCGAGUGAAAAAGUCAACAGAUGGAGUUGGAGGGAAGUGGAGGCCUGCUGUGUUUGGUUUGUAUGAAACUGCAGCAGCUGAACGUACAAUUUUAAAGUCAUUUAGACAUAUUAACAGCACCGUCCUCACUCUACGACCAAACCCUUUUACUCUCUGUUGGCGUAAAGAACAAAACUCAAACGACGAGUUUUUUAUGUGUGGCACUAGGGAUAGGCGAUAAAUUAUCGUUAAUGAUAUAUCGUCAGAAAAAUCCUCCAUGAUAAAUAUUUGCCAUCUCACGAUAGAUACGAUAAAUGCAAGUUGAUGACAGAAGCGCGAGCGACGAAUUUGCAGCCGUAGACCACACAGAUCAGAACAACAAAAGACGUUAAGACGUUUCUGAGCAGCUUGUUACUGAGCGAGGCUCCACAUCAGGGAUUUCCUUUAAGAUUGGGGUUUAGACGAGCGCAGUCAGGUCUGCCUGACAUCAGACAGAGGAUCUGCUGCUGCUGUUCUCUCUGUGCAAUAAGAGUUUUUCAAUAAAUGUUUGAAUUUUUUUUACAUUUGAGACUUCUUUGAUGUCAUUAGUUUUCUUCAUAACCUACCACUCAAACUUGUGGUUAAGUAUCUUAUUUGAUUACUCCAACUGGUGUUCUUGAGACAAAAUGAGUCAAAAAUAUAGAUUAGAAUUAUAAUAUUUUUUAGCAGGACUUUUAUCGUAAUCACCAGAAUGGCUAAUCUUAUCGUGGUAAAUUUUUCUAGCCCAUAUCGCCCAUCCCUAUGAGGCAGCAAUCAUGUCCAAAACACGCUCGGCUUUGCUCCUGACGUAAAAGGCUCGCUCCUUUACUGUAAUUAAAACUCACACUAACACACAUACAUGCACCGACAAGUAAAAUACACACAUCCGGCAACACAACACAGCUUUCUGACAAGUGGAAACAUCUCGUGUGUUUUUAUACGGCUCUGAAAAAUCUUCCACUCUGAUGCCAUAAUUUAACAUAGAUGUUUAUUUCAAAAUUUUAAAUAUUUACAAAAGCUAAAUUAAAAAAAAUGUAAGUGCACUAUGAGAAAUAUGCUGGACUGUCAAAAGUGUACGGUUUUGCUCCUAAAACAAACAACAGAAGCUGAAUUCAUGUUUCGAGUCGUGCAAAAAGCGUCACACUUCAGAUGAAAAAAGUAGAAACAAAACUGCUCCUAAUUUUCUACGGCAACAAAAGAGGAACAGAAAAAAAACAACAUCAAAUGUGUGUAAUGAUGAGUCUGAGUGGCUUCCUUUUAAACCGUCACCACAACAACAACCGCCACAUACCCUGACCCACGCUACCUAGAGACGACAGGCUGGCUGUAAAUCCACAGUCUGAGAAAAACAUGGUGUCAUCACUCUCACAAACGCAGAUAUUACUCACAGCUUUGGCAGCACAGGCGGUUUCAUGAGGACAAGCUGACAUUCAGUUAUUAACACAAACAAAGCAACAAUAAAGUGUUGUAUAAAUCAUGUGGGCUGAAAAACAAACAGAUGGACGGUUCCCGUGAAAUGUGGCAGAAAACGCCGGCCUCUCAGUCUGAGGGAGUUUCCGCAGGUCGGACUGUCCCUGCGGUCUCCUCCUGUCCUUUACUCUCAGGUGUUACUCUCUCCAAAAACACCUGAGCAUUAUCUCCAGGAAAACCCCAACAACCACUUAGCACCUGUAACUAUGACCUUUCCAGGAAGACGAUGAUGAUGAUGAUGAUGGGAAAACAAAACAAUGCCCUUGACAGUCUUCAUCCAUUCAGGUCGUUUUGGUCCUUGAGUCCUUUGGCGUAUCUCUGCUUUUUACACGUCAAACUUUCAAACAUGUUAAUUACAAAUCUGUCCCUCCAACAAAUAAGUUAAUUCAUUUCAAGACAGAUAUUUUUACUACCUUAUGAAAAAUAUGUACAAAAUAUGAUCUACAUUAUCUAUUCAAAGAAGUUCAUGGUUCGAUGUGCGUUCAACACGAUAAUGGAAGAGGAAACGUCGAGCCCAAAGUUCCUGCUGACUUUACAUAUUUCCCCUCUCCACAUGAUUGUUGUCCUCGUUAUCUCUCUGCGGUCCCAAACAUAACUCGUCCAUCUCGGUGCAUUUUUGAGCAGACGCCAUGUUGGAUUUUUAGCUACACUUGCAGGACUUGACGAUCAUGUUGGACAGCUGCUCCACCUGAAAGAGAAAGUCAACAGAAACAGGGUCAACAACCUGAGAGUGUUGCUCUCAAAGCAAACAUUCCACCUCACUUGGCCGCCGUAUCCAUACCUUGUGUUGCCGGCCCACGUAGUAAAGGAUUGGCAGAGGCUCCAGGGCCUGAGGGACACAGCAGGGCUGAGCGGAGGCUCCCGGGUUGUGAUGCUUGUACAAGGCCAAAAUCUGUAAACAAUUAUACGAGGCGAAGCUUGAGAAAAGAGAACCGCUCCAAACUUUAUUUCCAACAUGACAUGAGCCAAAGCAAUUCAAGAACCCAGGGGCCAACGCAGUUAUGUAACCAAAGUGCUGUUAUUAAAAUCUAGUUAACACAAAGUGAAGCCUCUCGAACCCUCCUCAUGGUCUCAGUGUGUCCCUGUGUUCAAGUUUGGUCAGGUUCUAUUGCUGCGAUCCUGUUACCUCAGAAGUCGGAUGUCAGAGCUGGGAAUGACGUUACACCUGAGUUGACAGCGUUCCAGUAAACAAGUCAAAAAACCAGGAUGGAAGCCUACAGUUACCCAUUGUUAGGUUUUGUUUAUAAUUGUCAGCUGUGGUUGGCUGUUAUCAGCUGUUGUUAAACAUUGUCAGCUGUUUUUAGUUGUUGUUAGCUAUACCAGUUGUAAACACCAUAGCACCGUGUUCACAGUUAGACGUUGGGCAGUACAACAUAAACCACUUCUUUCAUUUCACAAAAACAGAAGUGGUGAUAAAUAAUACAUUACAAGAGCUUUCACUGUUACUCUUUACUGUAGAUGCACUGCGCCGCCAUCUUGAAUUAUGAGGUUGUCGUCAAGUUGGGUUGACAAAGAUCUUACGACUUUCCGAGUCGGAAAUCUGACUUCAGGGGGGCGUACCAGAUGAAUUUCUGACUCUGAGCUCGGAAAUUCCAACUUCUGAGUACAACUGGACCGCAGAAUAACUUGAUGAUCAGGGAACUGGGUUGGACUUGUGGUUAAGUGCACCUAGGGGCUCUUGAAAGUGACCUGAAGCACUUUACUACGAGUCAUUGACCACUGUCUACUGCUCUGUCCACUGUCCUACCCUCUAAAUUAAAAAAGCCUAAUAAUAAUCAAGUUAAAAUAAAGAACAAUGUAGAAAAUAACAGCAGCUGUGUUUUCUUCUUAUUCAAUCAGCUCUAUAACAUUUAAUGUCAUAAUUUGUUGUUAGUUUUCUUCAAUUUAGUUGAUGUCUCUUUCACUCUUUUGACACCCCUUGCUAAUUUCUGUGCCAGUUCCUCUUGUCUUUCAAACACUAACCCCCAAUCAAGUGUUCAGUGCUCUCUCAAUAAUCGAGGGUCAUAUUGAUUCUAUCAGAAAUUGACAUUUUUGUCAGAUGAAAUCAUAGAAAUAGAACUCUAGAUACUUCAUUGCUCCUUUGAUAUUCAGGAAUAAUGACCAUUUGGACCAAUUGGCAUCGGUUAUCAGACACAGCCUGUUGACUGUAAAGAAAGAUAAGUCUGGGUGAAAGUAGUGAUAUGUAGGAUAUGAUUUUUAACAUUAUCAAGGUUAGGUGUGAUACAUAGACUAAUACUGAAAAGUGAAAUUAUAAUUAGUAAUUUUUGUUUAUCUGCUGUUUUUUCAUGUUUUACUCACGAGUCCAAAAGCAGUUUUUCUCUGCACUGAAAUAUUUGAUAUUAGUUAAUCUGACUAUUGAUAAAAGCCUGUUAAUCUUUCACAGGGACCCUCUAACAUUUAUAAAUGUGUUUUUAGAGUCAAUAAAAUUCAAAACUUUCACCCCGAGUUAGAAUUGACAACAUUAUUCUCUGUUUGAGGUGUUUUAUCAUACCUGAGAGUAUUUGUUUUCAGCACUCCAGAUGUAGGUGCAGGAUCCCAUACAGUAGUUAGCAUGAUAGCCGGUGGGUUUGUGGAUCCACUUCCAGCCCAGAUCUUUCCUGAAGUCAAUGUAGAGGCUCCGCACGCAGCAGGUCUCUGUCUGACUGCUGGUGAGAAAACAUCGAAUCAACUUCUCAAGUUUCACAAGAAGGGUUUUCAGAGAUUUUCUCGAUAGUGUUUGUCCUCCACCUUUCAAAACAAGAGCCUAAAAUUGACUCUAAAACCUGUUAAGAUGUUGUCGAUAAUAGAACUGUGAUUACAGACUGAGUUUCUUACGCUGUGCAGGUGUCCUUGGUAUCCGUGGAUCGUUUUUUGCGUGUGCUGAGGUGGCUGCUCGUGUUCUGAGGGAUGGACAUGGUCAGGAUGUACGGCGGUUGUUGUGUCAACAUCUUUAACGUUGCUAAGUCGCUCCUGUCGGUCGCUAUGCCAGAGAUGUCGAAGUUGAAUCUGACGUCGGUGGUAGUCUGGCUGCAUUCACAGAACAGGCGAAGCUGGAAACCCUGCUGGUCGUCUGAUGAUGAGACAGAAAAUUUUGACAUUUAGCGAAUUGAAACGGGUCUGCUGUUUGAUUUGAGAUGGUCAACGUCAUCUAUGGUCAUCUUACCGCUUCCUUUCAGCCACUCCUGCAGAGUCUCUGUGACGUCGAAGGACACCCACGUGCCUUUCAACUUGUUGGUGAUGAAGCGAGAAGAGAGAUAGCGAGCUGAGGUUCCCAAACCUUUGUAGAGCUCCACUCUCUGCUCGCCAUUGAUGUUGGUGUUCUCGAUGCGCAUCCUGAGCUCUGCGCUGGUCAGCAGGUUGUAGUCCCCAACGCUCUGCCGGAUCUCAGCGAUGUUGAAUAACAUGGGGAUGUUUUUGGACUUUUUGGUGUCUGUGCCAUUUGUGCCUGUGAGUCAAAGUAAAAGGAGAUAAAAGGUUUAUCAUGGGCGGGAGAGUAAAAGGUAAACCUGUGUGGUCUUCCUCCCCUCCUCAGGCUGUUUUUCUGAUUUUAAACCAGGUUUGAUCAGAGGUUAGUUUACGGAGGAUAAGUCUCUGGGAUAAGAAAUCAGUUUUUGUUUCAGCUCUGGGGACUACUUGGCAGACCACAAUUUCAGUCUUUGGAGCUCCUCACUGUGAUGCCAAACCCCGGGCUCUGGGUAGACAACUUUCACAGAUACAAUCCUCACAGUCUGUGGAUAUAAAUCUUUGUGAAAUCAGCAAACAUGGGGAUUUCUGCGACCGUUUUUAGCCAACAUUCGCUGAUCAUGGAGGUCUGACCUUUCUGAUGAUGGAUUUGUUCGCACUAAUCUGUAUCUCCAGCCUCAUAGAUGAUCCAGAUCUCUUCCUUCCCGUUAGACUCAAGGGGUGGGAAUACCUAGUGGGCCCCAAAAUACGAUAUUAUCACAAUACUUGGGCCACGAUACGAUAUUAUCACGAUACUUGGGCCACGAUACAAUAUUAUCACGAUACUUGGGCCACGAUACAAUAUUAUCACGAUACUUGGGCCACAAUAUGAUAUUAUCACGAUAUGAUAUUAUCACGAUACUUGUGCCACGAUAUGAUAUUAUCCCGAUACUUGGGCCACGAUAUGAUAUUAUCACGAUACUUGGGCCACGAUAUGAUAUUAUCACGAUACUUGGGCCACGAUAUGAUAUUAUCACGAUACUUGGGCCACGAUAUGAUAUUAUCACGAUACUUGGGCCACAAUAUGAUAUUAUCACGAUAUGAUAUUAUCACAAUACUUGGGCCACGAUAUGAUAUUAUCACGAUACUUGUGCCACGAUAUUAUUAUCACGAUACUUGGGCCACGAUAUGAUAUUAUCACGAUACUUGGGCCACGAUAUGAUAUUAUCACGAUACUUGGGCCACAAUAUGAUAUUAUCACGAUAUGAUAUUAUCACGAUACUUGUGCCACAAUACGAUGUUAUUGCAAUUUCUAACAUUUUGCAAUACAGUGAGUAUUACAAUACCAUUUUCCAUACAUUUGUUUAGCUAAUUCAGCAUUUGUCUUUCCUUUAUGUUUUUUUAUUUACACUGUAUUUUAUUCACAUGUAGCACAUCUUGCUAACCUUAUAAAUAUAUUGGUCGUACUAACUUUCACCUUCUCUAUAAUGUCACCUCUGCCAAACUCACUGGACAAUCAGUUGAUUUUAUUUUUCCAUUAUCAUAGAUUUAAAUGAGAUGAUAGCAAUACCACGCUGUAUUGAUUUUUUUCUCCCACCCCUGUUAGACUCUGACCUUAACUUUAUGGCACCUCCGUGUCAACGUUAAUAUCAGUGUUGUCAUUGAGUCACCGUAAGUGUGGACACAGGAUAAGUCAGUGACGAAGAAUCCAGAGUUGAGUCCCGGUCCCUGAGUCCAGUCCUCAUUAUUCAUAGUGUUUUUUUCAUCGACUGUAAAAACUUGUGAUUUGUGGCGCCUCUUUCUUUAUCUUGUUUCAGACCAAAACAGGCAAACACAGAAGCUAGCCCUCAACUGAAAAACUAACAAAAACACUGAGUCAGUCUUUAUCAGUAAGUCAGUCUGAGUCCUCCUGUCAUCCUCCGAGUACAAAUGCAGACAAAGUCCGGGUCCCAGUCUGAGUCAUCAGUGCCGAGUCCAAAGCCAGGGCUCCAGUACUACAAAGACGGGCUAAAAUUAAUCCAAAUACUCCUUCAGAUCCACAACAAAACCUAAUCCUUUUUAUUGUUGCUCUGCAGCUCUUUCAUAUGAGACAAGAUAAUAUCAUUAUUGUGUAAAACUAACACAACAGAGGAUGAGGAAAAAAAGGAAAUUACUAAAUAAUUACAGGAAAAACAGUUUGAUUCAUUUGCUGCUUCAUAAUUUACUCCUAAUUCAUUUUGGGGACAUUUAUAAUUAUAUUGUCAUGUGGUGCACAAAGCUUUUUAUUAUUGAGACUUUUUUCUUUUAUAAAUGAACUUCAUCAAAAGUUUUUUUUUUUUUUCAGAAACAUGUUUUUUAUGUAAUUUCGUAACAACUUUCACAGCGUUGCUCAAUAAUACCAAACUCCAGCCAAACCUCCAUCCAUUCCAGCUGCUGUAAAACCGACUGUAAUAAAGAGAGUUUUGUUUUCCUGCCAUCUUUUGCAGCUUUGAUUCCUGAGCUCCCCCGUAUCAUGAGAACAGGAACAUUUCCCUCGCAGAGCAUGAUAGAAACCAGAGCCGAGCUUCCGAAGGCUUAACACCAUAAAUCUAGCGGCGUUACAUUACACAGGAUUAAGUUAGACCGAGACAUGCGAAGAUAAGAGAAAACACGACAGUGGAGUGAGAGAGAGAGGGCGUUGUGGGGUGCAGGACGGGGGCUUUUAACGGGAUAACAGAAAAGUGAAGAAUGCGCUCAUGAAUAAAAGUCACAGAGGUGGGAGGAUGUGGGGGGCGUUACAGAGAAAUUGGAGAUGUGUAUGAAUGGAUCCUGGGCCUGGCCCCGGUCCAAACCUUCUACUCUGCCUGAGCCUGCCAGAGCCGGGAUUCUCCGCUCUCUAGUCCAGGAAUUACUCCCUGACAGCAGCUAGAGCCCGGCCUCGCAUACUUGAGCUGCAUAGUUGAUCUAGGCUGUACCAGGAUCUUCUAUGUCACUGCUGCCUGUGUAUCACGUACCGCUAUCACCAUCUGCGCUCUUACAUAGGUAGUGUUUCACCCGCUGCAGUGACGCUAAACUGAAACUGAAAAGGGCUGGUGUGUGUGGAGUGCAAAGGGAAAUGAGAUGACAUUUUACCGGUCCCACCCAGGGCAGAGUGGAGCGUAGAGUUGUGAGAGCAUGAAUAGAAACACAGAGAGCAUCAGGACAGAGUACAGUACGAAGGAGGAGAGGUGAACUGCCAAGCAUGAACCAGGCAACGCCAAGCACGGAAAGUCAUCCUCCCUCCCAGAGUCAUGUAAGAUAAAUGUGUGAAGGGUUAGAGAAGUGUUUACGAAACAGGAAAUCAUGUCAGUUCCCCAUGAAGUGUAUUGGCUGCAGCACAAUAAUCACAGUGAAGCCGAUUCUUCAUUUCUCCUUUCAGAUGAACACAGCUUGGACUGUUUUCGGAGGUUUUUCACAGGACUGCUGUAACUGUAACUUCUGUUCCUGAUGCUCGGUCCAGAAAAGGGAAGAUAGCACCCCAGUCUGUGUACUCACAUGGGUGUGGGGGGGGAUUUGUGUGUUGAAUCAGGUAAGCCCGGGCCAGCUGUUGUGACAGGUAGGGAGACAGCUCUGUAAUUACCAGUGGGAGGAACCAGAUUCCUGCAACAGGCUAAAUACCUGCCUCCUUCAUACGCUCAGCUCAGCCCACUCGUCCAUGUCUCAUUUCCCCACACCACACAGACCGUCCACACUCCUGUAUGUGAGGUAGUGGCAGCUCCAUGCUGGACACAAUAAUUAUCCCCGAGCAGUGUAUUAAUUCUGAAUGGAGCGCAGUAGAGAGGCGAGUUUCUGGUGGAGGAAAGUAUUUCCUCUGUAAACAGGCUGAAUUACAGUUGGAGCUGGACCAGGUUAAAUUGGAGAGGUGGAUUUAUGUGGGUUUAAAGGAAGGGAUAAAGCAGCUAACUGAAGGAAUUUAGUCUAAUUCAGCACACAAUUAUCACGAUGGAGACGAAAACUAUUAAGGCUUCUUAAAAUGCUCGGCACACAAGUAUGCAUCCCUGUAGGCGACUGCCAGGUACGAGGAAAGUGUGAUUCAAACAAUGAAAGAACCGCAAACUGGCGUUACGAGGAGGGUUGGUCAUGAAUACGAGAAUUAGACUCGUUCUCUUCUUGGACUCUGUUAUAAUUACAUUAUUUAAACAUGGACUUGUGUGGUUUACAGUCAGAGGAAAACACAAAUGAAGUGUCUCCUGCUGGUAGUUGCCAAAAGUUCCUGCUCAGCCUGCGUUUAAACUUUUCAGUCCACGUUUUUAAGUGUGUUGAUGGUGGCUCUGUGUAAAGAGUGGAUAUUAUCUCUUUAGAAAGCUUUAUAAUGUCUUCUUGAAUGCUUUGUGGUAGGGCUGGGCGAUAUGUCCUCAAAUCAUUAUCAGGAUAUAUUGAUCAGUUCACCUCGAUAACAAUAAAUGGACGAAAACUACUCCACAAACUGCUCACCCACUCCCACAUUAACUUCGUCUACUUCAGCCGCUCCAACUUUUGAACCGUCCUCCAUCUCCUCACCUGUCUUUACCUCUUUGUUAUGGACUGGAGUCACGUCUCUGAUGUAGGACAGCGUCUUAAAGGGACAUGAGACCAUAGCCUACCUACACACAUCCAAAAACAACUUUGAUUGAUUUAUUUUUUUGACACCAAAUAUAUCGACAUGGGCAGAAUGAUGUCAGUUAUUGCCGUAAAUUUUCGGUUUAUCCUCCAGCUCUACUUUAUAUAAUUUAAAGCUCAACUUCGUUCCUCAUCCUUGGCUGCUGACCUUCGUCUGAGCCUCAGUCUCAGAGCUCUCUGGAAGCCUCCCCCACUGUUGCCUAAGGCGACUAUAGUCUGAAUCCCCAAAAAGAGGACGCUACUAUGCGGGUCGGAGUCAUACACAACAUUUUGAGGGUUUUUCACAUCGGGUCGAGUAUUUUUUACAAACUUCUAACUCGGUUAGUCCACACGACACAAACUCAAAACUUCCAUACAGAACCCUGGACAUUUGAAGGAUUUUACAACGCCCCCUGGACAGGCUGGACAGCCCCUAAAAAACAGGACAUGUCCAGGUGAAAGAGGUCGUAUGGUCACCCUCCUGUUGCCAUACGACCACAUUAUGAAGAAUGAAGUAUCUCGCAGAUCUCAGGUGGCUAUUUUUUGUACAAACUUGUUGGAGACACUUUUAUUUCCAUCCCCAGACUUCUCUAACACACACACACAUAUCUCACAAUGUGAACAUGUUGCUUGUGUUUAAUGUUGACAUCCAAUAAUUAACUUCAUACUUUGUUUAAAACACGAGAAGCAUAACAGCAUGAGUGCUGAGACGGGAUGGUUCUCUUUGCUCGCAUACCACAGACGUAGGAAACACAUGCUCCCCAUGGGCACAGCUUGCACCGGACCUGAGUCACUCAAGAUCUCAGUGGCUAUCAGCCUGCUUUCCUUCCUGCCAAGCUGCCCCGUCACAAACAUGCUGCAGGCACGCUGAUAAUCAGCUCAGGAAGAGGAGCGAGAGGAAAGGAGACAGAGGCUGAAGGAGGUCUGAGAUGAAAUUAAGAUUCAAACUCCUGUGACAGGAAGAAAGAGACACCAUGGCGACGAACGAGUGACAGGAUAAACGAGGGAGAACCCGGUACUCGAGUUACAGGAAACCCCCAAUCCCUGAGGGCCAGAGAGAGAGAAAAUGAAAGAGAGAAGGAGACAGAGUCAGGGUGAAAGAGUGCAUGUCAUGUCCUCUCUCAUCUCACUUUUCCUCCUGUUCUUUGGUUUUCAUGUAAGCACCACAAAAACCUGCCCGCUCCUUUUGUUCUGGUUUUGGUCUGCACACUCCUGAGCCUGGUCCGUUCACUCAUGCUUGUCUUUUGAAGUGGUGGAUGAAAAGAGGUAUAGUGUGGAUGCCUGCCUGAUGGGGUGAUGAGUAUAGACUUGUAGAGAACAAUGGAGCAAAGAAAACCAAACUACAAAAAUCUGUUUAUCAUAACAGUUUGGGAGUCGUUGCACAAUUACAGCCAAAACCCAUUUGGCUGUACAAACAGCAUAUGCAUGCUGGCCAAACAAACAGUGCUAAUAAGGCCGUAAAAAUGCCAUGGAUACCAGGAAGGCAACACUGAGCAUCAGGCCAGAUGCAAAGAACCGUUCUGCUAACAAGGAACGCCUGUGAUCUCUGAACUCCUCCACUUGCCGGAAGAUGUUGGGAGGAGAUCAGAAGAGGUGCACAUGUUCGGGGAAUUUAUGGACGAGACUGGAAUCGACACCAGCCAUCAGGCACAUGCUUCAUCUGGGUCUUAGCCAGAGUCUCGGCCCAUCUUUGAAAGUUUUUAGAGUUGAAGUUUGGCACAGGUACGGAUACCUGCUUCAACAGUAAAGGACAUCAUGUCUUUAUAUAAGAGUGAAAAAGGAAACCUCCGCUUCUCCAGGGUCUGUGCUGCUCUGUGUGUUUAAAUGUCAGUAAGUGUAGAAGUAUCAAUGACAGUCCUUUUAUUACAGGACAUUUACAGCGCUGUAGAUCUUUGAACAGUGGGUGUCUCUGAGCAGAAGCUGAAGUUCUGUUGGGUUUUCUGGUACUUACCGGUCAUGUUGAACUUGUGCAGCACCUUGGCGAAGUACUCCUCCUCCUCCUGCUCGGUGGAGAUGUUAGUCUGGACCUCGGCCUGCUGUUCCUUCAGCAUCUCCUUGGUGCUGUUGUAGAGCGACAGCAGGGUGCUGGGGAUGUCCUCCUCGUCUGGGUCCUGGUCCUGCGCCGGCUCUUUGGGCAAACGCAGUUUACUGAGAAUCUGGCUCCUGAUGGCUUCGAUGCGCUUCUUCUUCACCAUCUCCAGGUCCAGUGUCUUACAUGUUGACAUACUACUUACAUGGCCCAGUGUGUAGACCACCACGAGGAGCAGCAACACCAGCUUCAUGGUGCCGACCUGUCUGUUUGCACACACUUGUCCUCUCUGGUUCUGAGCAAAUCCUCCCUCACCUUUCCUUCACUGCCAGCCUCGGCGGACAGGGGACGCUUAGUGAGCGGUGAAUCACUCAAUGGAGAGGUGUUGGUGACGCGAGGUGUUUACACACGGCAGAACAAUUAAAGCAGUGUGGAGAGUCCUGGGAGUUCAGGGCUGCUGCUGCUGGUGCUGGUGCUGCGAAAACCACCUAACAACACGUGUGUCCCCUUUGCAGAGAAGCAGGUGGAGAGACAGACGGGGGAAAGAUGAGCCAGCCUCUGACUCAGCCUCACAGGUAACACAAUGACGUCUCAGAUGCUAAAGUGAGUCCAAAGUGGAGCUGUCAAAAGUCAACAGAGACCUGCACAGAAACAGCGCCCUCAGGGGACCUCAGCAGAACGGCUUCUGGACCCGACAGGAUUUCAAGCCUCCACCUGCGUUAUUAAAUCAUUAUUUACUGUAAUUGACGCAGGUUUAUAUUUGCCUCCACGUGUCGGCCGUAUUGCUCACCAGGCAGGCUCUCUUUUUUUCAUGCCCCCAGAGAAGAGCGAGUGUGGAGGGAGCUCUGUAACACUCAGCAAAACCAGGAGCAGUGCUGGCAGAGCUUCACUGAACUAAGAUCUGAGUCUCCGGAUUUUCAGCUGAUCUAGCUCUCUGUCUGUCUGAUCUACAAGGUCUAAUCAUGAAAGACUGUUCAGGACAGAGAUGUCAAAUCAGCUCUCUGUUCAAGUCUCUGAGGACGAGGAAAUUGCAACGAUAAGUCCUGAGUGCUAAGUGGAAGAAAAUGGCCUUCCUAUUUCUCUGUUUUUGAAGUUUGAUCAGAUGACCUUCAGCUUCCUUUACAGUCCAGAUAAAAACUCUCAAGGGUCCCAGUGUUGAUCAAAAGUCCUCUGAGCUUGGACUGAGAGUCUGAUGGAGUCUAUAAACUACAGUAGUCACAGUUCUGUGCGGUAAGUCAUUCAGAAAUGAGCCCAGAGGAAAACAUCUGAUCAGAUUAAGACUCUCCACGCUCUCCACUACCUCUUUUUGAAACAACAGCAUGUGAUCUGUGUGAGGCUGCAGCUGACAAAAACACAGUUUAACACUUCUUCACAAACUUCACGGCUUCAUCCUCAGACACGACAACAUGACAACCUUACCCUCUGAGAGGACGACAGCCAAAGCAGGGAUGUUGUCAGGAGAUCAAACCAAAACUAAACUCUCCUUCUGUCAGUCAGUCAAACAAACCGUGUCCUCCUGUGACUAAAGCGCUGCACACCUUCUCCUCAAAGAGCGUAACAUCCACAAACAGCAGCAGCAGCAGGAGUGGCGGUCUUUCUCAGGGAUUCAGAUUGAAGCGGUCUCUCUGUGUCUGUCCAUCCAUCGGUUUCACCUCCUUUAUGCCCUCACAAGCCCCUUCCCACCUCCUUCUUGAAGUCUUCUGACACGACUCCCUCUUCACACCUCGAUUUAACUCGCCGUCUCUCGUCUCUCUCCCUGAGCUCUCCCUCUUUUCUGCUGCUUGUCAGAGCUUGCUGGUGACAAAGUGAUUUGUGGGAGAUCUGCUAACUUUUCUCCUGCUCUCACUCGCUCUGCCCCCCUCUCUCUCUCUCUCUCGCUCUCUCUCUCUCUCUUCUUUUUUUCUGGUUCCUGUUGCUUGUCUAAUAGAGCGAGGAGCUCUCCGCCCAGGAAAUGAGGGUAACGGCUGCAGUGUAAAACAUCUGCUGUUUAACAGAGCUCUGCUGCCUGCCCUCUGUCCACAUCAGGAAGCCAAGAGCUGAACAUGCUGAAUAUCUGUCUUCAGAGGCACCAGCUCUCUCUCUCUCUCUCUCUCUCUCUCUCACACACACACACUCUCUGGCCUGUCUGACACUGAGGCCACGAUGACUGACAUGUCAACAAGCCAUGCAAGGCGCCAAGGUCUCGCCAAACUGACAGCCAGAUUUACCCAGUGGCUGUGGAGGUAAAGACCAGCCAGGCCCAAAAGACCGGAGACACAGGCAGCAGGUCUAAAAGUAGACCAGUGUCAGAGCCAACAACAAGCCGGGACUGCCACGGGUCUGGGUGCUCUUUAGAGGCCGGCUUGUGUAUUUUCAAAAGGAAGGCUAGACUUAAACAAACUUGUGAUGGUUUCAUUUUGUCUGUCUGAGGGAUGAAUCAACGGGGAAGUUACCGAUGCAAAUUAGAAAAGUACAGAGCUGGGAAUUUUUAGGUUCUGUCCAAACUUGAUCCCUGUGUUUGUCUAUUGUCUGUUAUUUAAUGUCACAGCUUUAAGAAUGAGCCCUUCAUCAAACAGCGACAGGUUUGGUGACAUUUAACAUGAGAAAGGCUGAGUCAAAAAUCCCCCAGAUUACCGAGAGUAAGAAAAGCAAACAACAGCCUCUCAUUGAGGAGAAUACAGAUGAGCGUAAACUCCCUUAUCUGCUGAUUACAGCGAACGAUGAGAGGAUGAGAUUAAAGUGAGAAGGCCUUUAAACAUCAGCCACUCUUACUGCUACUGUUACAUGUCCUGUUGUGCUUCUUUAUCAGUUUUGAUGGGUGUGCACUGCCACCUAGUGGUUAAUUCUGGCACAAUAACAAGUGUGGGACAGAGGCCUUAGGGUUUUCUUCCUAACAACAUAUAAACUGUAUUAUUCAGUGAACUCCUCAGACCAUCAUAGCAGAGAUGUUUAUGGAUAAGUGGAGGGUGUGAUUAUACGUAAUAACUGAACUCCUCCGGCUGUUCUCAGUCUGUGAGGUGGAAGAACAACAGCAGGAGACAAUGGCCUCUUUCACUGUUUAAAUAACAAAGAUAGACCCGCUUACACAACUGAAGGCAUCUGAAAACCAUGAGACAAAGACAACAUCAAAGCUGUAAACAGGGGAAACCACCGAAGACACACACUGUGGUAAAUUCUGCUACACAAGCGUUUUUGUGGAGCACACAAAGCCUGAUUCUCUCUUCAUGUUUGGCCCCAGUGUCUCCAGUCUACGUUGGUCUUUAAACACACUCAACAAAACGACCUCUCUGCUUUACCGACCUCCAACAGCCAAGUCCAACAUGGGGCAUUUCAUACCCACCACCGCAAGGCUUCAGUGCCAGCACCUGAGGGUGUGUUGGUGUGUCUCUGAGCACAUGAGUGCAACACAGUCUGCUUUCCCAUCAUUCACACCGAGGUCCUAAAUGAUUUCUCUGGGUGAUUGUACCGAGGAUCACAUGGAGCUGUGGCAAACCCCAGAGUAUCUGAGCCAGGCGAGCAAGAGAGAGACAGAAAUCACAGUCAGCAGAGAGAACAGAUAGACUGUAAAUCAAGAAACCACAUCAGACUCGGUCCUCCUAACAUGUCAGAAAUGUGCCAGAGUAACAUGACUCUGUAGCUUCUUUCAGUUUGUGUAUCAACAACCUAAUUUUGGUGGAGAGUAACAAAGUAAAUUCACCUCAGUACUGUAUUCAAGUAUACUGUAUGCUUUGGGUACUUUUUACUGCCUUACUUAGUUCAAGCUGACACUCAAAUUUAAUGAUAUACAAAACGGGACAGUGUUGUCCAUGGUGGUCUUUGUUUCUUUUGGAUAUCAUAAAAAAUCAAACCAAUCAACUCAAAUAGGAUCCGUAAUUCAUAAACGUUGAACAAAAUCCUUACCGGAGCUUUAAAAGUGAAUUCUCAUGUACUUUGAUGAAAGUAAGCUGAUAAUUAAACACAAGAACUUUCACUAAUACUUACAUGUCCAUGUGUAUCUGAAAACAUAAUUCUCAUGUGUGUUCACAUGGCUCAGAGGAUUAGAACACUGACUCAGACUCCUGAGGUCGUGGGUUCGAGUCUUACCUUACCCGGGUCAAGGUUAAGUUUAAAGUCUAGUGUCUACAAAAGACAGUGAAAUAGGCCAAAAACAUGUUUGUCCUGUGUGCUUACAUGGCUCAGGGGAUAAGGAGACUGACUGGGACUCCUGAGGUUGUGGGUUCGAACCUUAUCCAGGAUGACUUUUAAAGUCCAGGAGCCGAAGUACCAAGAUAAAAGCACGCAGAGCUGUGGUAGACAACUAACACCCUAAUGCGAGCUAUGUGGUCUGGUUGGAAACCCGCUCCUGGUUCGAAACCCGCUCUGCACAAAGGAGAUCCUGAAGCAAAUCCUGGGGAACCAGGCCCAGGGGGAUGGGGUUACCCCCUGGUGUUUUCAGAGAGGUGAAAUGGAGGGGUAUGUGACAGGAAGUCAGAGGUGGCUGAAGUUUAGAGGAGUGGUGGGUAGAUGGGAAGAUAGGGGGGACCUCUACAGCCUAGUCAUCCAUACAGGGAUGUGUGGAUGACCAGGCUGUAGAGGAUCAAAAUUUCAUGGCUUAUAUCAGCUGUUUUUCUGUUUGCCGAAAUAUGCAUCCACCUGUUUAUUAGCUAUUGAGACAACAAGACAUAUUUUGGAAAUAUUACACCAGGAAAGUCCACCCAUUCUUGGGGAAGGUCCCAGAGAGUCAGUCUUUAUGGGUGGAUGCAUUUCUCAGCAAUACUGAUGUCUGUAGGUAUGUUAGUAGAUUUCUCAUCCAAAGAAGUCAAAGUGAAGCUGCACAGUUUUUUGUUUUGUUUUAACAAUAAACUAAUCUCUACAUCCUAACUCUCAGCAUGUUUUUGGUCUUCAUGUUUUAUAAAUGGAACAAACAGGGUUAGGGAUGAAGCUGAAAACAGAGUUUUCAGUCCAGAUCAUGAAGCGUUUGUGGGACUUUGGACUCAAACGGUUGAGUGAAAGUUAAAGAAACGUGACUUUAGCAUGUUUCCUAACUGUGUCACUGCGUGUUCACCUCGUCUGUCGUCCGGCCGUUGCCUUGGCAACAGCGCAUGUGUAUUCUAGUGCGUAGUUUAACUUCCGUAGCCAGCUUUGUGAAUCGGUGUCCUGAGCGUUUGUCCGGCUGUUGGUGCUUUUUCUGCGCACUUUCAGAGAGGUAAGUUAGGAGUCGAGAGAAGUCCUGUUGUUGUUUUUCUUUGUGACUGAAAAUACGAGAAUUAUUUUAAUCUGACUCAAAAUAAAGACUCACGUCGAGUUCGUGGACGGUGGCGGAGAAGGGGAAACAAGCCGAGGGCGUUACCAAGGUAGCGAGGACGCGGAGGACGAGAGGACGAGAGGAGAGGGUCAAAGGAGCGACAGACACAGACCUCUGAAGUCUUACUGUGAAUAUAUCCACGCCUGACUCAUGAACUGACGCUUUGGAGGACUAAUGUAAGCUUCUUUACAAGCUAACAUGUAGUCUGGAGACUGUUGGUGGACUUGUAGGACCUGCAGACUCGCUGAUGACUUGUAGAUGAAGACUCGGUUCUGUUCUGGACAGGUGAGACAUGUUGUUCUGACUCUGAUUGGGUUGUUGUUGUCUGCAAACAUUAUAGACUACAUCGUUUCUGUGGAAGACAGGACUUGAAACCUCAGAGGACAUGAGUUUAUGUUCCUGUGAGUCUGUGAUCAUUAAUUUUCCUUUUUUUUGUGACAGACCUCAACAGAGUGAUGGAAAAAUAUGAGAAGCUGGCCAAAAUCGGUGAGGGCUCCUACGGCGUGGUGUUCAAAUGCAGACACAAAGACACCGGACAGAUAGUCGCCAUCAAGAAGUUUGUGGAGUCUGAAGAUGACCCUGUAAUCAAGAAGAUAGCAUUGAGAGAAAUACGCAUGCUGAAGGUGAGAAGACAUUAGUAUCACCGGAUCGUAUCAGGUGUGCUCACAUGUAACGCCACACACAGGUACAGGUGCACCUUCAGAGUUAUUAAAUACAUGCUUUCACGAAGGAUAACAAGGAUCUAUCAUUAGGUUAGAAAUGAAUUUUAAUUUUGUUGUGCACAAAACUCAGAAUAAAGCAGUUAUGAAAGGCCCUGCAAAAAAAAGGUAUGUUUUAAUGAAAUUCUAAUGUACAAGAGGUAAACUGAAGCUAUACCAGAAACAGCAACAGUUGUCAGUAAUAAAGAUUUCAGCUGACACCUCGUCCAUGAUGUGUGUCGGCCCUGCAGCAGCUGAAACACGUGAAUCUGGUCAACCUGCUCGAGGUCUUCAGGAGAAAACGACGUCUUCAUCUCGUGUUUGAGUUCUGUGAGCAGACCGUACUCAAUGAGCUGGACCGACACCCCCGAGGGUAAGUCAGAGUGUCUGCUGCUACGUGUGUGUCAUCUGUGUGUGUGAUGGUUAAGAUUUUAACAGAAUCAAUCUUUCUGUGACAUGAGCUAAAGUCGAUAUUUACAGCAGAGACAGGUUUGAAGACCGACUCUGUCUGUGUCCUCGACGCAGUGGUGGAAUAAUUACAUUUACUCAAGUGUUGUUCUGAAGUGCAGUUUUUAGUCACUUGAACUGGAGUACUUCCCCGUCAUGCUGCGUUGUACUUCUACUUUGCAGUGUGUCAGACAGAUUGUGCUUCAGGCUGUUUACCCGAUAGUCUGUUAGUUUGAUUUAUCUGAUGAUACAUUUAGUUGGGGUAAAACUCUCAUGAAGAAAUUGACUUUAUGACAUUCUUACAUUAACUUAACUUGGCACUGCCUCUCUUUUUCAGGACGUCACUGUUUAACAUAAAAACCAACCCUUUUCUCAUGCUGUGUACUUUGUGAGAGAAAAACUGUGUACUUAAUAAGUCCAGACUGCAGAGUCAGGGAGGACCGGACAAAUCUCACUUCUGAUAUUCCUCCAUGCUUUGAGCACUACUCAUGAGGUCUGCAGUCACAAGAUAAGAUAAGAGUGUGAUUUUUGCCAUGUGAAAUCACACAGCAGUAACCCUCGCCCACACCGGCUGGCUCCCGACCAUUUCUCCUCUCCCUACAAGGCUGUGAAGCAGAAACUUUAGCUGCUCCUGAAAACAAAGGCGCUGUUGCUGCUCGAGACAGACCUGAGGUUACCGGGGUGACAGGAGGGCUGUGUAAAGCACCGCGUGUUUCUGAAAUUGCUGGAAUAAUAGAUGAGGAAAACAUGACGAUUAAAUAGACUUUUAACAACCAAUAAUAUCCCUUUGUCUGUUUUCUGUGCAGGGUCCCCGAGGCUCAGCUGAAGAGCAUCGUGUGGCAGACUCUGCAGGCUGUAAACUUCUGCCACAAACACCAUGUCAGUAGACUUUUAAUUCAGAGCUCUGAGACUUUUCUACAUUCACCUUUUUACCUACAGUUAUUCUUGUCUCAAACUGUAAACUUACCGUCCUGGUCAUGCAGUCAUCCACUCAUAAAGUAACUAAAGAUAAACAGCAGGGGGCAAAAUCCUCAUGUUUAGUAAAGUAAAGUACAAUCCUAAUUCUUAAUGCCUGUAACUGCUGUGAGGGGGUAGAAACACUGAAGAACAAUCUUUGUUUUUAUUUCCACAGCUAAUAUUAGAAGAAAUUUAUAAAUUUCAGGGUGAAAUGACACUGGGAGGAGGCUUUUUGACAACCACCAUGACUUCGAAAAAAUGAGAUGAAAUCAGCAACAAUAAAAGGGUUACUACUUUGUCCACAGGGGGAAACGAAAUUAACAGAGGCGUGAAGUUCCUCACAGGAGCUUUAAUGUUUCAGGAACAUCCUGAAAAUAUCUGAGUCUACAUGCAAGAUUUGUUUUUAUUUAUGAAACCCUUCACUGUUUAAUAUAUUUAUUACAACUAAUUGUAUUUUAGAAUUUUAAUCUGUUAGGACUUAUUUGCUAAAUCAUGGCUUUGCUCAUGCAUUAUCAAAUUCUAAUAAUCGAUAAUUCAGUCUGCAGAAUAGACUCGCUCUCGUCUUUGUAAUGUCUGUGUUUGGUAGGGGUGAGAGAAAAAAACGAUACAGCAUAAUAUCAGGAUAUUUUGUCUGGUGAUAUAUCGUAUCAUCUCAUUUACCAAUUAUAGAUUUUUUCAAAUUAAUUGCUAAUAUGAAGUCAAAUCUAUGAUAAUAGAAAAAUAAAAUCAACUGUUUGUCCAGUGAGGUUGGCAGAGGUGACAUUUUAGAGCAGAACAAAGUUAGAGUAACAAAUAUAUAUAUAUAAGGUUUGCAAAAUGCGCCACAUGAAAAUAAAAUACAGCGUAAAUAAGACAAACAGAAAGGAAAGACAAAUGCUAAAUUAGCUAAACAGUUGAAAAAACUGUAUAAAUUGCAAUAUAAUGUAUCUUAAUGUCAAAAAUCGCAAUAAUAUCAUAUCGUGAUAACGUCGUAUCGUGGAGCCACGAGUGAUUCCCACCCCUAUUGUUUGGUAUUGUGUGGUUAGUGUUUUUUUCCCCAGCUGAUGUUUUCACUGAAUCAUUAAAAAUAAAUAUACAAACUAGUGAACGAUUCCUCUGACUUCUCAGAUUCAAGUGGAGCGUUAGUCUGGACCCCAUGAGUGAACUCUACCUCCUCUCAGGCUUCAGUUUCAGCAUCAGUCACUCAGUAUACGUUGUGAUGACUAAAAUGCAUUAUUUAGUUUCAAUAUUGAAACAUGUAUAGGUGUCUGAUCUCUCGCUAUUGUUCCUCCACGUCUGCUCCUAACCUCCCACCCUUGAUCCAGCAGCCCCGUCUGUCUCUGUGUCAUUACUAACAGACUCUGGAUCAUGUUCCCAAAUGUCGGUGUUUCUGUUGCAGUGUAUCCACCGAGAUGUGAAGCCAGAAAACAUCCUCCUCACCAAAACCGGAGUCAUCAAGCUCUGCGACUUCGGCUUCGCCCGCAUACUGAGUAGGUCAUCCGGGGAGUCAGUGCAUUUACGUGCGUUUAGUGUUAAUGUGCCUCUAAUGACUUAUUCAGCACGGAACCUGGACCAGCUCAGGCCGAUAGCCUCCUCACUUUCAAUGUUUCAAUGAAUGCACAGCAUAGGAGGACCACUCAGCCAGUUAGUGCGCCUCUGUGUGUCUCAGUGUGUCUCUGUUUACUCCUCCGGCCUCGGGUUUCGGUGUCAGGUUACCAUACAUUAACAUGUAGUCAUGUAGUCAUUAAGCAUGCCUUGUAAUCCUUUCCUGUACAAUGUGUGUGUUAUUUGCUGUUCAUUAUUCAGCAUCUAAGUGUAUGGGUGUCCACACAAGUUAUCAUCACGUGUCUGCGUGUUGUGUUCUCAGCCGGACCGGAGGACGACUACACAGAUUACGUGGCGACCCGCUGGUACCGGGCCCCUGAGCUGCUGGUGGGGGACACUCAGUACGGACCUCCUGUGGACGUGUGGGCUCUGGGCUGUGUCUUUGCUGAGCUGCUCCACGGGAAUCCUCUCUGGCCGGGGAAGUCUGACGUUGACCAGCUCUACCUCAUCCGAAAAACUUUAGGUACUCUGACGGAAAAAUAAUAAUAGGAGUAAUGCAUAAAAAACACAUAAAUAUGAGGAUCAGUUUUAACUUAUGUCAAAGUUACAGGACAGGAUAGUAAAAUCAAAAAUUCAUGUAUUUUUCACCUAAAACAUCAGUGCGUUAUAAACUAACAGCAGUAUUUUGAAAUCUGUUCUCUGACAGACUCCAAGCCGGUGUAAAGACCUCGAUGUGGUCCACUUUCUUGGUCUUGUGGAAGACUCUAGCAGCUCUAGUUGUCUGAAUCAGCUGCAGCUGUUUGAUUGAUCUUUAGGAAAACCUGUAAUCUUUAGAUAGUAAACAGAGGAGACCCCAGGAUGGAGCCUUGGGGAACCCCACUUUUAAUUUUCGUCAGAUUACUUCUAAUUAUAUCACUUAUUGAUGUGUUUAGAUUUGUGUAAGGAAUGACUUGAAAUGAUGUGCAGCGAUCAGCCGAAACAUUAUGACCACUGAUAGGUGAAUUGAUUAGUAUUGAUCGUCUCUUUGCUCUAUGAUCUGUUGGGAAAAAUGGGUGAGUGAGGAUUUGGGAGACAUGGACUAGAGCUGAACUGUGAUGGUGUGUCAACUAUAGACUGUUUAUAGAACGGACGCCGUCUGCCUCCUCGCUGGGUGAAGCCACUCCGAGAACAGCGCCCUCUGGUGACGGGCUGCAGUAUAGGUCAUAAACCCCGCCUCCUUAUGGAGCUGUGGACAAACUUUAUAAAUGAAUGACACAGAAUAUAAAUGUUUCUCCCCCCUGGUUGUGAUGUUGACAUGUAGUUACUGUCAGACUGGUUUGUGCUCAAGUCCUCUUUUUUCUGUACAGCUCCAUUUUUAAAAGUUAUUAGGGGGUUCAUGUUUGCUAUGAUUGACACCUAAUACAGCCUAUGGGAGGACAGAGAUUGAGUGGAUUACUGGGGGGAUGUGCUGUCCAAGAUCUCCAGAUGGUGUCCAAGAAGGAUCUGUGGGAUUUGUCAAAUAACUGAAUCUGAUCCAUGAAGGCCUCGUUUUACAACCUCCAGGUCUUAAAGGAUCUGCUGCUGUUGUCUUUGGGCUGGAUAAUAACACAGCACAGCUCCAGAAGUCCAGUAGGAUCUGGGGCAGACGUGGUGGGGUCUACACAUGAUGAGACAGGUGGUCUUGAUAGUGUGGCUGAUCAUGUUAGAAGCAGGUCCUGCACUUUAAUCUUUAGGGGGUCACAACAAAACCCUGGAUUGGGUCCUGUAUGAAAGCUCUGAGCCCCUUUAAACCCUUCAGUGAUGUUAAAUGUUGGUACAAGACGAAGUCUUUGAAUGUCUCACUUCUGACCUCAGGUGACCUGAUCCCUCGCCACCAGCAGGUGUUCCGCUCCAACGUCUUCUUCAGCGGAGUCAGUAUCCCUGAACCCGACACGAUGGUGAGGAUCCUGUUUCUAAUUCAAAUGCACACAACAUGUUGUUCAUGCAGAGGCGAUUAAGUGUGUUUGAGGUGAAUGUUAACCUUAUUCUGCUCCUAGGAGCCUCUAGAGAAGCGCUUCCAUGGAGUCUCGCCUCACGCCCUCCAGGUUAUGAAGGUAAAUCAGUUUGACCUCCAUGUGGUCUGAAAUAAAACAGUGACCUAAAAGUCGAGGUAAUUCCCGUACUCACUUAACUUUCUUAUCGAGCGCUUCGAGAUGACUCUGUGUCUGUGUUUGAGCAGUCAUGCCUGGUGAUGGACCCCUUUCUGCGGUUGUCCUGUGAGGAGCUGCUGGAGCUGCCGUACUUCCAGGAGGAAGGAGGAGCAAACUGGGGCCGCGAGAGCGAGCGUCCCGGGAGGCGACACGAUAAAGUGUCCCGUCGCAGGCAGCCAGGGGUACGUAUGAAAACUCUCCUUACACCUCAAAUGAAGAAUCAGUCCACUCUGCCCGUGUGUGUGUUGGACUCUGAACCUCUGCAGGGACUCGUUUGGUCAUCAGGGCUUCAGUCUGGAAAGGUUUCAAGUUUUGUUCCCAGAAACACUCUACCUUUUAGCUGAAAAUAUCAGGUCCACAUGAGCAGAAACAGACAAAGGUGGUCAAAUCGUCCAGGUGUUUAAUGUUUUCUCUCUUCUCCACAGGCCCAGUACCUGCCUCAGCUACCAAACAGCAACAUCUCACCUGCUCCAGACGUCAAGAAGCAGGUGAAACAUAAAUAUCACCUGCCCAACAUCUAACGGCGCUGCUCCCUCACCUUGAAGAGAGAGACUCGUGCUCCUGUAUGCUGUGUGGAAUGAUUUCAAUACACUCAGCUUGAAGAUGAAUUUAUUAUUCUUGGUGUGAAAGUCAGAAAGUCUGUUUUUAUUCUGUUAUUGUUUGGCUGACAUUAUUACUUUAUCUUCUUUAUAUAUCAGACACUGAUGAGGGUCUGUCUGUCUGCACACGCACUCACAGGACUCUAACCAAAGACAGCUGACAACACCUGCACCAGGUGUGAUGGUCUCUGCAUUGAAUUAUGGGAAAGGUUUCUUCCAAAUCAACAGUGUGCCAUCAACGCUUCAGCAAAAGAGCGACUUUUCUGGUCGAUACAGGAUACAAAAUAUUUUAAAAAUGUUCAAAUUAAUCGAUUUAAAAAGAAAUCAAACAUAACGCCAUUUAGAUUUUUAGAUGACUUUAUUUUAAAAAUACAGAAUAAAUCCGUGCAUUAGUUAGCUUCGUUGUACAUGUUGUAAAUUUUGUAUCAUAAAACUAAAAAGAUACUGACUCUAGAACACAGGUCCAUGAUGUAAAAGACGAUGAUCUUUGUGAGGGUUUAAUAAAACCUGCCAUGACACCUGA